AUGGCCCUGGCGCUGCCGCUGCUCGAGCCGCCGUGGCCGCCCAGCCUGGCCCCGCUGAAGGCCGUGGAUGAAUUGCUGCGCUGCGGGAUCUGCUUCGACUACUUCAGCAUCGCCGUGAUCAUCCCGCAGUGCUCGCACAGCUAUUGUUCCCUUUGCAUCCGCAAGUUUUUGUCCUACAAAACGCAGUGUCCAACGUGCUGUGUGGCAGUCUCAGAAUCUGACCUGAGAAACAACCGGCUUUUAGAUGAUCUAGUGAAGAGCUUUAAUUCUGCAAGGCAGCAGCUGCUGCAGUUGGUGUUGGACGCUGCCCCAGCAGCCCCUGGGCAGUGUCCUGGUGCUGAGGCAGAGCCUGCACAGGGGCCAGGGACCCCCAGCUUCCCCAGGAAGGACACAGGCUGCACCCCCACCGCGGCACGACUGCCAUGGGCCGGCCAGAAGAGUUUCAGAAGUGAGGAGCACCACGAGCUGCACAGCACUUCUGCCGAGGCUGCUGGGAAGGAGAGCAAAGUGGGGUCCCAGGAGAUGCCUGGGUGCACGGAAAUCCAUGAGAAGCCUUCCACAUCUGUGCUGAAAGGAGACAAGAAAGUGGAGUGUCCUGUUUGUGAGGUUGCUGUUCUAGAGCAAUAUAUCAACAAACAUCUGGACAGCUGUUUGAGCAGAGAGGAGAAGAAGGACAGCCUGCGAAGUUCUGCUCACAAAAGGAAGCUGAUGUCCAAAGUGGUUUAUAACCUGCUGUCAGAUCGGGAUCUGAGGAAGAAGCUGAAGGAGCAUGGCCUGUCCACCUCUGGGAGCCGCCAGCAGCUCAUUAAGAGACACCAGGAGUUUGUGCACAUGUACAACGCCCAGUGUGAUUCCCUGAAUCCCAAAUCAGUUGCAGAGGUUGUUAAAGAGCUGGAAAAGAAUGAGAAGAUUCGGCUUCAGCUGGAGUGUAACAAACCUGGUGAAAAUAGCUUGACCUUCACAAAGGAUCAGACAGAGGAAGAAAUAGAUGAGAUCCAUGCUGAAUAUCGAAACAAACACAGAAGUGAGUUCAAGUUCUUGGUGGAUCAAGUAAAUAAACGGUGGAAGAAGAUGGGUGAGAGGAAAGCAGAAAGUGCUCAAAACCAAGAGGAAGUUUCUGUCAAAGAGCUGCCAGCAGCCACAGAACGUGGGGAAGAGCAUCACACAGCUGCUGUCCCUGGAAAAGCCCAGACACUCCAGCCAGAAAUUCCUGAUGGCCAGAGAAGUGACAGUGAUUGCCUGAAGGAUUAUCAGAGAUCAGCCUCUCCCGAGAUCUCCUUCUCGUCUGCCUCGAGCUGCAGCACCAAUUCAGACAUUCUGGCAGAUGGGGAAGGGUCUGAGACGUGUUCAGCAUCCUCUGACAGCAGCAGCUCCGUGGCUCUGGCAGGGAACAAGAGGAAGCUGCGGCGGCGAAUCCCCGCGAAGGAGGAGGAGGAGGAGGAUGGAGUGAUGCCCCAGGGCAAACGCAAGAGGAGCUAAUGCUGCCCUCUGGGAAACCCCUCCUGCCUCCUGCCACUCCCCCAGUACGUGGGUACUGAG